UGACCCUCCUCCCGCCCGCCGGUUCGGCCGGCCCAGCUGGGCGCCCACGGGCUGCCGGAGCCGCCCCCUUCCUGCCCGGCAGCGCCCCAGCCAGCGGCCGCCCAGACUGGCCAAGGCGAGCGCAGCGGCGGGAGCGGGAGCCGAGCGGGGCCGCCGGCUGCAGAGACUUGACUUCCAGAAAUCUGUGUGUUCAGGACAAGGCAGCAAGGCCCUAUGGGCAGCAAGUGACUCGGUGGCCCUGCAUCAAGUCCAUGGCCGGGUUGGAACUUGAACUCGGUCCUCCUGGGCUCAAGCUUAUCCUGCUGUCUCUCUGAACGUGUUGCAGGCCACCGUCCUCCUUGCUGCGCUGUCAUUCUUUCUCCACUCCUUCCUGACUCCUGCUGACAACCUGUAGCCAGCUGAGUCGAAAGGGAAUGAACAGCCCUGAACCCGCACAGGCACGCCCCCGCACCGGUCCCCAGGGGAAGCUGGUGAUGCAGACCAAGCUGCCCCGAAGGAGAAGCGUCAUGCAGCGCUGAAGUGGGUCCUCCAGAGGAAAGGUGAGGGCCGACAGAGUGAGCGCAGUGGAGGGGGAACAGCCACAGCCUCUUGCCCCAGGGAAGAUGCAGGCACAGCUCAGUGCUAUGGAGAGAACAACAGAGACGUCUGAAGUGCUGGAGAUCAUUGUGGAGACUGAAGCAGAAGCCGGGGUCAGCGGGAUGCUUGUAGCUGCCGGAGGGAAGGGGGGCCUUUUUGUCAAAGAUGUGCUGAAAGACUCACCGGCCGCUCGGGCGCUGAGCCUGCGGGAAGGUGACCAGCUCCUGAGUGCCAGAGUUUAUUUUGACAACAUGAAGUACGAAGAUGCCUUGCAGAUCCUCAAAUGUGCCGAGCCGUACAUGGUCUCCUUCUGCUUGAAGCGGACGGUGCCCAGUGCAGAUGUCUGUCGCAAGCCUGGAGCCGCCACCUCUGAAGUGAGAGGCCCAAAAGCCAAGAUGGCCAAGCUGAACAUCCAGAGCCUGGUACCACUGAAGAAGAAGAAGAAGCAAGUGGCCAAGGGCUUGGCCAAGGGCCUUCAAGAGGCGGAGGUGCAUGGGAGUGGGGACCCGGCAGCCAGGAAGCUGGAGAGCGCGCCUGUCGACGUGGAGUUCUUCUUGCCCAAGUUCUCCAAGUUGCGCAAGGCCAAGAGCGCUGGAGAGGUGGCCUUUGCUGAGCCCAGCCCAGACAUCUCUCCACACUUGUCUUCUCUGGAGACAAAGCGGCACAAACUGAAGUUCCCCAGGCUGAAGGUCAAGGAAGCGGCGGCGGCAGCAGCAGCACAAGCAGAGGGAGGCAAGGGCCGGCUGGGAGUGGGCCUGCCGAAGACUGUAGUAGAGAUGACCGCGGGAGGCAAAGGGGGAGCCCAGGGGAAAGGCUACCGUUUCACGGUCCCCUUCUCCAAGGUGAAGAGAGCCAAAGGAGGGGUGGGGGCCAAGGGGGGCGCUGGGUUCCAGGCCCCGCAGGUGGAACUAGACCUCCCCUUGCCUAGAGUUGGUCCUGGGGGAGAGUCUCCCAAGGCCAGCCGCAAAGGCGAGGGCUUCAGGAUCCAGGCACCACAAUUUGGACUGCCCAAGGUGGAGGCUGUCCUGCCCCAAGUCAGCACAGUGGGGCUGGCGGUCCCAGAAGUUGGCCUCCAAGCUGGACUAAAGAUCCCCGUGGCUGAAGUGUCGGCUCCUGAGGUAGACGUAGACCUGGGCUUCCCCAGAGUGGCGGGUGCUGCCCAAGAAGUUGCCCCUAAAGGGCAAGCCUUCAAAAUCAGGGUCCCCAAGUUUGGGGUCUCUGCUGAGGAGGCAGAGCUGACGCUGCCUACCCCAGACCUCCAAGUUCUCCUGGGAAAAGGCAGAGCAAAAACUGAGGCACUAGAGAAACAGCUGAAGCCAGGGCUGACCAUGUUGCCUUCUCUGGAGGUGGGGUUCCCCUCAGUGGGCCUGGAGAUUCCCCUGCCCAAGGGGAAUGCAGACGUGGAGCUCCCCAAGCCGAGAGUGGGGGUCCCAGACAUAUCUGUAAAGAUGCCCUUGGUCAGCCUACCCAAGCUGGGCUCCAAAGCCCAAGAGGAGGGGGAAGGUAAAUUGCCGCACGUGGAACUGGGAAGCCCUAAGACAAAAGACAAAGGCCCCAAGAUCCAGAUACCGGGUUUGGGGAUCUCCCUGGUGGAGCACACGCUGGAGAGCAAAGAGGGUGCCACGGUGGCCGUGGAGAGCAAGGCAAAGCUCCUGGACGUGAAGGUGCCAUCCCUUGACAUCUCAGCCCCCAGAGUCGGCGAUGUGCAGCUUCCCAAGCCCAUGGUGGAGCUGGCUGUUAGGGUGAAGGCAGAAGAGGCUGCUGAAGGGCCCGGAUUCAAGUUCCAGAUGCCCCAAGUGUCACUUCCAAAGCUCGACCUCCCUGCCAAGGCAGCAUACUCCCCACCCCAAAUGCCUGCCAAGUUGCCAAAGACAGGAGGUGACACUGGAGUGAAGGUCAGUGUCCCAAAGGUGGAUCUCUCCUUACCGGCGGUGAAGUUGCCAGAUGUGCGUCUUCCCAAGGUACCCGUACCAAAGCCAGAGCUGGACAUUUCUGUGGAGAAGCCCAAGGUGGAGGUGGCUGGUCCUGUGGCUCGGCUGAGCUUUCCAUCAGCAGCUGUGCCAGUGCUUGACAUUGACUUGCCCAAAGUUGGGGUUGAACUGGAUUUGCCAAAGGUUGAAAGUGAGCUUGUGAUCACUGAGCAGCCACCCCGGAGCCACGAGGUCAAGCUGAGGGUGCCCACGUUUGAGACAAUGAGCAAAGACCUGGAGAUAGAGAUCAGUGUGCCCAAAUGCCAGGUGGACCAGCCAGAGUCAAGUGUGAGGACCUUGGAGGGACCAGAUGUCAGUGGGAUGGUAGCCAAAAUCCCCAAAGUGGACCUUUCUCUUGGGAAGGAGCUUCCAGCGGCUGAAGGGGAGCGAGUGGGAGAGAUUGGCCUGGAUCUGCAGGGCAAGCCAUUACCAAAGAUUGGCCUGGAACUGGAAGGCCCCCAAAUGAAACUGCCUUUAGUAGAAAUCCCAUCUGUAAAGCUCCCAGACGUGGCCAUUGAGAGUAGCAAAUUCCUGGAGGCCGAGUCCAAGAUGAAGUCACCCAGAUUUGCCCUCCCCAAGUUCAGCAUUUCUGCCCCCAAAGCCUGGAAGGCAAGCCCAGACCCAGAGGCAUCAGUGCCCGAGGCCAGGGGCCCAGAAGCUGCCGAGAAAGGCUCAAAGUUGAAGAUGCCAAAGUUUGGGAUCUCCUUCCCCAAAUCAAAAUGGGGGCUGGAGGUGGAAGGCCCCAAACUAGCUCUCGGUGUUGAAGGGAAUGCGCCCAAGGAGAGGGCUGUUGCAGCCCUUGAGCCUGAUGUGAGAGUGGGUUCUCCCGAGACCAGAGUGCAGCUGCCUGCAGUGGACGUGGACAUCCCUGUGGUGGACGUGGACCUUGGCCUCCCUAAUCGGAUGGCAGAGUGGCCCAGUGAAGAGGCUGCAGGUGCCCUCCCUGAGGUUGGCAUUGGUCUCCCAGAUGUCAAGGUCAAAGUGCCCAAGUUUUCAUUGCCCAAAUUUGGAGGCAAAGACAAGGAGGGUGGCCUCGAGUUUGAGAGCCAGGAGGGCAAGCUGAGAGAGAGCAGAGAGGCCCUGGCAGGAGAUCUGGGCACAAAGAUGCCAGAGAAGGAGGCCAAGGUGUCCAAGUUCAAGAUGCCGUCAUUCAGCAUCAUGCGCAGAGACGCCCAGGGGACAGGCCCAGAAGUGGGCGCCAAGGGCAAGCAGGUUCCUGGGAGCCCGAAGGGGAAGCCACAGGGGCCCUUUGCAAAGAUGCCGAAGCUGAGGCUGACCUCUCCCAAAGUGCAAGUGGAGAAAGGGGAGGUGAUGCACGCUCGGGCCCCAGAUUUGGAAGUGAAAAUCCCUCAGGUUGAGCUUCCCAAGAUUGGCCCCAAAGGGGCCAGAGCAGAGGCAGGGCUGGUCAUGGGCUCAGACAGCCCCAGCCUCAAGGUGAAGAUGCCAUUACUGGAGAUCGCUGUGCCUGGCACCAAACCCGACGGGGACCUGAUUGUGGAGAAGCCCGUGGUGGACGUUUCAAAGGCCGACCUCAGAGGCUGUGAGGGGGAGCUGAAGAUCCCCAGAGUGCCUUCCAUCGGCAUCUCUGCCCCCAAAGCGGAGCUGGAUGUGAGCCUGCCCGCAGGCAGUGUCAAGGAAUCCACGCUGCAUGGAGCAACAGACGCCAAGGUCACGUUGCCACUAGUGGAACUGCCAAAGUUUGGGAGGGGUGAGGAGGUGGAGGUGCAGCUGCUUGGAGGGAGCAGGCUCAGCUUUGGAGGGGAAGGGGAAGCGGAAGCCUCCAUCUUGCCCCCCAAAAUCCGAGUGCCCAAAGUGGACAUCUCAUUGCCCAAAACCCGGCUUUCAGACGUGGAGCUGCCCCUGACUGAGGAGGAGGUGGCCGCAGAAGGGAAGUUCAGGAUGCCUUCAGUUGGGCUGCUAAAGUUCUCCACCCCCAAAGUGAAGGCCCCUGAGGUGGAGCUUGAUGUGAGCUUGGAAGCUGGGAAGGUGCCCAGGGCCAAAGCCAGCGCUCCAUCGGUCAGGUUGCCCAAAUUUGGGGGCUCCAGCUCAUAUAGGGAAGGAGAGGCCGAGAUGGAUUUGCCAAGAGUCCUGCAACUUGAACUGAAGGCUCCCAAACUCAGAGAGAGCACAGAGAUUCCGAGCCCUGAAAGUGGGGCAAAAGAAACCAAGCUCAAGAUGCCCUCUCUGCCCAUCACCUUUGGCCUCGGCAAGGCAGAAGCAGAAGCCAGGAUGGGACCUGACGAGAGCAAGUUCAAGCUCAAACUCCCAUCCUUGAGCCUCUCCAAAGCAGGCGCCGAGUCAAGCACAGACACCCAGCCCCUCUGCCCCCCUGCUGAGGGGGUGGAUGUCUCCUUCAAAAUGCCCCAGAUUGCUUUGCCUGACGUGGGCUUCUCUGUGGAUCUGGAUGGGAAGAGAGAGGCCAAGGGAGAAGCAGGAAGCGUGGCAGGUCUGGAAAUGGAUGUGGGAGGGUUGGAAGGCAGGCUGAAGGUGCCCCAGAUCAAGAUGCCAGUGCUUGAGGUGUUGGACCCCAAGGGGGACACCGGCGCCCCAGUACCUGCUUCUCAAGGCCGGCGGGGCUCAGGUGGAGGAGAGCAGGAGGGGAAGAAAAUGGCCUUCAAGAUGCCCGGCUUGGAGAUUUCUGCCCCAGGCCUCGGAGCUCGUGCUGACUACGAAGUGGAGGAGGCCCAACUUCAGCCCUGCGACUCCCAGGAGCCGGAGGGGGCUGGCAAGAGUGGCGGUGCCGGCAGUGAGGGGUGCAAGGGUGCAAGGGCCCAAGGGGAGGCCUUGGAUGCCAAUGCAGGGAAAAAGUACAAGGUGAAGAUCCCCAAGUUUGGGCUCUCUUUGCCCCGAACAGGACCAGAGGGUGGGGAAGGCAUUGCCGGGCACGAGGCGGAGGCCAAGGUGAAGAGGCCUGUGUUUGGCCUGGGCAGGCCCAAGGGGAAAGGGGCAGAAGGCUCCUCUGGGCUCCUUGAGGGAGAGGAGGAGCCGGACGGCACCCAGGGGCUGAUGGCCAAACUCAAGUUGAAGCCCACCUUUGGGCUUUCUCUCUCCAAGGCAGGGGCCGAGGUCAAUGGUGAGCUGGAGGAGAGCUCCUCCAAGCUGAAGGUGCCUAAGCUGGGCUUCUCCACGGCAGAGGGGGACGCUACUCAGGCCAACGGGGAGAGGGCGGAGGCUUCACUGCCAAAUGGGGCCCAGGACACCAAGAACAAGCUGGGCAAGAUCCGCCUGCCCCAAGUGGAGCUCUCAUCCCCCUCUAAGACAGACGAAAUGGACCCAGAGCUGAACCUCAAGCUGAUGAGGGCAGAAGAGGCCAAGGAGGAAGGCCAUGGGGCGGGGGGGGGAGGAGGAGGAGGCGGCAGUGGCAGCACCAGCAGCACCUUUGCUGCCCUCAAAGUGGCCAAGUUCAAGUCCCCCAAGAUCUCCUUCUCUGGCUUCAAGAAGCGCAAUGGGGAGGGGGCUCCUGGGGCAGUGGUCUCGUCUGCUGCCCGAACGGAGAUGGCUUCUUUGGAAAUGGGCAAUGUGGGCACCAAGGGGGAGAGGUCUCCCAAGUUCAAAUUUCCAAAACUGGUGCUAAGCCCCAAAUCCCAUGGGGUGCUAGAGAUCACUCCUGAGCACCGUGAUGACACAGGAGAGGGUGAGGGAAGGUUGAAAGUCAAGCUGCCCUCGGUGGGUUUCUCUGGGGAGCUCAGCUCUGAGGGGCAGAUCCUGGCGAGGGGGGAGGCCCCGUGAGAGCUGCAGAGGGCAGGGGAGGUGAUGGUGCCGGCUACUGUGUGAGUCGGGCAGUCGCUCGCCCCCUCCUGCACCCCUCCUCUUCCUGUGUAAUGUUUAGUGCUAACCAUGAAUGAGGGGGGGCAGUCCUUGGCAAGGGAGUGGGAGACGCAGCAAUCAGGUGCACACCUGACGGGUGCCUUCCCCUCCCACCUUGGAGGGCCAAUGCAUCGUCAAGUCAGGUGUGGUUUCCUUGCAGCAAAUCUGUGUGAAUAAAUUAUUCACUAGCCGUUCUGUCUGUCUGAAAAGGCUUAUCCCUGUGCCCCCCCCCUCAAAAAAGGGCCUGGCAAGCAGUUCCCCCCAUGCCUUCCUCCUCCCCUCUCAGCUGCUCUUGGGGGGGGGUCCCAUGGGAAGCUGUUCAGUUGUUUCCUCUCUUUGCAUUACUAAGCUUGUCUACUAAUGCACUGAGAACAGGUUGUUUGGAAGCCAGACACCAUUUUCCCCACACCUUUUGAUGUAGGUUAGAAGUGGGGAUGGGGAGGAGAGGGAACAGCACCUUUUUGGCGGAGGUCAUUCAGUGAGGAGAUGUUCUCCAUCAAGUGGCAUUGAAAGUAGCAGAGAGGAGCAUCUCCCCCUUGCAAAAGAGGGCUUUAGGGGGCAUUUCCCAGUGUGGCAUAGUGGUUAGAGUGCUGGACUCCGACCUGGGAGACCAGGGUUCGAAUCCCCACAGAGGCAUGAAGCUCACUGGGUGACCUUGGGCCAGUCACUGCCUCUCAGAGGAAGGCAAUGGUAGACCCCCUCUGAAUACCGCUUACCAUGAAAACCCUCUUCGUAGGGUCGCCAUAAGUCGGGAUUGACUUGCAGGCAUUCCAUUUACAUUUUCCCACAGAGGCAGGCGAGCUGAUUACAAGGAGUCCCAGCUCACUUGAGCUGAUCAACAGAGGUGCCCAAAGGAGCCGUCCCUGGAGAGCUUAAGCCAGGCCUUCCUAACCCGACAUGUUCCAGGUGUUUUGGGCGGCCAUUCCCAUCCACCCCAGCGUCAUUUGGCCAUGCUGGCUGCGGCUGUUAGGAGUCAUAGUCCAAAACAUCUGGAGGGGAGCAGGUUAGAGAAGGCUCAUUUAAGCAAUUCCACUGUGCCCAACUGCCUGGCAGUGCCUCCUUUGCCAGCCCCCUAGCCCGCCCACCCCCACAGUCACCCCCCUCUUGAGGAGGACCUCUGUGGCUCUCUUGAGUCAGAAAUGUUCCCUGAGGAGGACUGUGCUUUGUGAUUUUUAAGGUGCUCUUCAGAUUGUUUAAAGAUGAGCUGGAACUGGUUUUUGGCACUUUUGCAGGCCUCUUUGAUGCAAAGUGGAACCAUAAAGGACGGACCCCAUUUCUGGUUCCAAGAUAUAAGGUGCUCCCUUGACCUUGGAAGUCCAGUUCCUGCCCCCCCCCCGAAAUUGGUGUCUCCCUUCCUUCCAGGUCUCCCUCUUGUCUUUCCUCAAACAGAGAGGCAAACCCACCCUUUUCUAAGGGGGCUGUGGAGGCAAACUCUUCCCCAGUUUUCUCUCACCCCCUUGCCUUCAUGGUGGUGGUUUCACCAGCAGCCCCAAUUUUACUUGAAUUAUAGAAGAGGUCUUAGGCCCAUGUUAGGAACAAGAGCUCAAUUGUGAUGCGCACACACACCCUCUGCCUUAAUUCUAAAUGCGCAUGAAUUGAUUCUAGAUUUUCAAUUGUAAAAUAGCUCAUUAGCUCCACAAAGAGAGGCCCACCCCCCUUCUGUCGGGCCAGGAGGGGGUGUGGGGGGUGCAGUGAUCAUGCCAAGGCAUUAACACUUAGGGCAGAAAUGGGCUUGGCAGGGUGGGAUUUGGGUCACUAGUCUGUCAAGUGAUGGGAGUGGGUGCAGGAAUAAUUUCUUGUUGCUCUGAGAUGUACAGAAAUCUGUUAUCCUAAUUUUUUAACAACACAGGCUUGCUGUGAUAGGCUUCCACUUUUGCCACUAAAAAUUUCCAGUAACUGCCUCUGUGCUGAUUGUAUGUUUAAUUACUUUUUUAAAAAAAUCAAGAUGUUACAACACUGUAUCGCUGAUACACUCUACUUACUGCUGCUUUUUUCUAUUCUGGGUCUGAAUAAAAAUUAAUCU